AUAAAUCUGACAACACCGAUUUCAUCACUUUUUUUAACUUUUAAAAUUUUUUUGAGUAAAUAGACCGCAGAAUUGUAGCCGAUAGAUAUUAUUAACGCUGAUCCAGUAUUCAAUAAACGGAACUUCGAAGAAUGUCUAGAGUAGUAGAGCGUUUUAUUUCUUAUAGCAAAGGGUGUAACCGGCUGCAUGCUAAGUACAGCUUGUUAAACAACACACCUAUCCGGUUAGUUACUGGCCGGUCCAGUGAUCCAAUGAAAGGGAAAGGACCUAUUACCUGGAAAAGUUUUGCAUUUAUCGCUACAGCUGGUCUUGGUAGCCUCGGUUUCAUGUGGUAUGUUAAGGAUGAGAAAGAACAAGCUUUAUUGAAGGAAAGAAAACGACAAUUAGGAAAAGCUGCAAUCGGCGGUGCCUGGGAGCUAGUUGAUACCAAUGGAAACAUCCGUAAGUCGUCGGAUUUUCUUGGUCAAUGGUUGUUGAUUUACUUUGGAUUCACACACUGUCCUGAUAUAUGCCCGGAUGAGUUGGAAAAAAUGGCAGCAGUCGUUGAUGGAUUAGAGAAAUUGGAAGAAGCCGAUCCUGUUCAACCACUCUUCAUCACUGUGGAUCCUCAACGAGAUACUAAGGAACUUGUUGGAAAAUAUGUGAAAGAGUUUCACCCCAAAUUACUUGGCCUAACCGGUACGAUUGAUCAAAUUGCUAAGGUAUGCAAAGCAUUCCGCGUUUACUUCAGUGCUGGACCUAAGGAUCAAGAUGACGAUUACAUUGUUGACCACACAAUCAUUAUGUAUUUGGUGGAUCCCGAAGGUCAGUUUGUAGAUUACUAUGGUCAAAAUCGCGACAAAGAACAGGUAAAAGGUUCCAUACUUAUCAAUAUGGCAAAGUUCAAACAAUCACACAAAAAGUCGUGGUUUUAGACAUUAGUUCAGAAGUUUAGUUAUGCAGUAAAUGUUUAAAAAGUUGUA